AUGUCCCGCUCUCAGCUGCCGCCCCUCAACACCGUGGCGGGCGACGCCCUCAUCGGCCCAGACGCCUCCUCUUUCAACUCGCCCUCCCGCACAAGACACCACCCCACACCUGCCACCGCAAAGCGGAAGAACAAGCAGCCCGCAGCAGUCCUCCCAGCAGACGAUGACGACAGAGUGCCAAGCGACGAGUCGACGCCUUUGUUGGCGUCAGCACAGAAGCCAAAGAAGAAACCAUUCUACCGCCCACGACCGUUAUGGCUUGUCCCAUUUGCCGUCACUGCGUCACUAGUGCGCGCAAUGACCCUUGCACCCCGUGUCGAAGUCUUUACACAGCUCUCCUGCAACAAGCUCCACGGCGACCACCACUGGAAUCACACACAGGUCCCUGCCAUCUUUUCCCCUACAGUUGAUCCCAUCAGCCCCCUGCUACAUCAAUUCCAUCCCUCCAACAAUUCAUCACCGCUGUCCGUCUCUGUCCUGCUCGAUCCGUUAGACCAGGACAGACAGGACAGCGACGACACUGAAAAUCCAAGUCGCCUGCCUUCCAAGAGAUGUCUGUCAGACCCGGCAGUCAUCGCAGGUGCAGCACGCAUACAAGCUAUCAUGACCACAACCAUGGGCUUCCUCUCUGCCCUCACCACAGGCUGGUGGGGUCACUUCAGCGAGCGUCACGGCCGCACUCGUGUCAUGGCCAUCGCCACCCUCGGUCUUUUCCUAACCGAUCUCACAUUCAUUCUCGUCUCUACUCCUUCUUCCCCGCUUGCCCGGCACGGACACAAUCUCCUCCUCAUCGCACCUGUCAUCGAGGGUCUGCUCGGCGGCUGGUCCACUCUCCAAUGCGCAACUUCCGCCUAUCUCAGCGACUGCACGUCCCCCGGCUCCCGCGCACAAAUAUUCAGCCGUUUCCAGGGCGUCUUUUACCUCGGCCUCGCCGUGGGUCCCAGUAUCGGCGGUUUCCUCAUCCAGCAUCCCUUACGCAUCUUCGCGGCCGAAGCAGGUGGGGAUAAAACAGUCACAACCGUAUUUUGGGUCUCCAUCAUGCUCUCCUUUGCAAAUCUCCUCCUCGUCCUCUUCGUAUUCCCCGAGUCGCUCGGGAAGAAGAAGAUGCUAGAGGCAAUCGCAGAGGCAGAGGCCGCCGCGCUCGCUGCAAGCAAGCACACCGCCGUCGCUGUCGACCCAGCGCAGGCGAAUGAUGCAGGAGCAUCGUCAUCCGAUGUGCCUGAACCGGCAAAGCAAGAAGACGGCGUCAUUGUUGGGUUCCUGAGGCCCCUCGCCGUGUUCCUUCCUGUCAUGGUUCUCCAGCCUUCCCCGAAUGGAAUCGGCCUGCGCAAGAAGCGCGACUGGAGCUUGACCAUUCUGGCACUCGCGCUGUUCGCGUUCAUGCUCUCCACGGGCUUGUACCAGCUCAAGUAUAUGUACGCUAUGCAGACGUACGGAUGGGGUGCCGAGCAGCUUGGGUAUUAUAUUUCGUUUAUGGGUGUAGGAAGGGCGGUCUGGCUAUUAUUUGCCUUGCCUUUCCUCAUUGGGUUCUUCAAACCAAAACGUAAAACCGCAAAGAAACAACCCACAGCAGCAGCAACAUCGUCAGGCGCACCGACAACAACAACGAAGAAACCCAAACCGACACGUACACAGCUGGGCGAAGAGAUCCGCUUCGACCUGCGUCUCACGCGGUGCUCGCUCCUCGUCGACAUUCUCUCGCACACGCUCGUCUCGGUCCUCCCCGGCCCGGCGCAUAUGAACCUGGACGGGCUCAUGGUCGGCGGGAUCAGCCCGGAGAAGAGCCAGGCGCUGUUCGUGCUCGCGUCGUCGAUGAACGGGAUGGGCAGCGGCGCUGUCCCGGCGAUCCAGAGUCUCGCGCUGUGUAUGCUCCAGGUGCGCGCGUUUAAUGGCGGUGAGGGCGGGGAUAAUGUCAAUGAGAAUGGGUCGCCUUCCGCUGGUAGUGGUGCGGGUGAGACGCCAGGCUCAGGGACACUGUUCGGUGCACUCGCGGUACUCCAAGCUGUCGGGCAGAUGAUCCUCGGGCCGAUGCUCUUCGGGCUGAUAUACAGCGGCACAGCCGCGAGCUUCCCCAAAGCCAUCUUCGUCGUCGGCGCGUGCAUCGUGGGCUUUGCGGGGUUGAUGAUGCUGUGUGUGCGUAACCCGGUCAAGGGGAUGAAGCGCAGGAGGAGGAUAUUGAUGUUGGGGGAUGAUGCGGAGGAGGCGGAGAGGGGACGGUCGAGGGUUAGUAAGGAUUUGAGGGGCGGGGCGGUGCGCUAUUCGUCGUGCGAUAGUUAG